CAAAAAGCUUGUAUUUUUGAAAUAAAAGUCUUUUUAUGUAAUGUUUACUAUAAAUUAAAUACGAUAAUUACGUUUUUUUACGUAAAGUAGCCAAUAUGGCCGAUUUCAAACAGUUUUAAAUAUCGUGGGUUUGUGUAUAUUGUAAAGAAAAAUAUAGAAACUUUCAUAAUGGCUAAGAAGAAGGGAUUUAAAAAGAAUACUACUAAGAAAGCUGCACCGGCCAAAGCAUCAUCAAUAACAGAUUCAAUAAAUUCUGAAGUGAUAGCCGCUGCCCUUAGUUCUGUUAAUCAACCAGUUUUCUUAAAAGUGUGCAGACUUUGCGAAGCGAAAGAUGGCCCGUUUUUAAAUAUAUUUGAUCCUGACAUGAUAACCGCUAAGAAAAUAGAGGUCGUGAUGCCUUUUUGUAUUGCAGAAAAUGACGAUUUACCACAUAAAAUUUGCUUCCGGUGCUCAGCAAAGGUUGAAGAGUUAUAUGAGUUCAUACAAAAAUGUAUUAACACACAGAAAAGCUUACGAAAAACAAUCGGAGCCAAAGGGCCUUUGGUUAAUAAACCAAGGCAUCGAGAACUAUGGGAAGAGAAACUAAAUCAGUCAAAUAUAUCAAAUGAUGAUAUCUGUGAUGCAUUAAUUAAAAAAGCUAUGGAAGGUAUCAAGGAUAUACCCCUAAAUCUAAUACCUCUUGAUGAAGAUGACAUUCCACGCAAAAAUAAAGCAAGUAAAAAUAAUUUGGUUAUAAAAGAGAAUACACAAGUUAAUCUUGAUGAAUCCCUAGACAAAAAUGACACAAACGUUUCAAAAAGAGCUAAAGUAGAAACUAGUAAACUUGAGCAAUUAAUUUCAGAAACUUUAAUAGCAAAUCCUGCAAGUAAAGUUAAUGAGAGUGAAAAGAAACAUGUAACAUCUGAAGAAAUAGAUAUUUCUAAUGUAAAUAAGAAAGAAAAAGGUAGCAAUAGUACACUUAAUGAAUCUUGUACUAAAAAUGUCGACGAUAAACAAACUUUACAGACAAAUACUUUUAGUUUAGAAGACACGAAACCCCAACCAGCACCUGCAUUCAAUAUAAUGGACCAUGUUAGUAUGAUUAAAGUAAAUGGCGUUGGUGUAUUAUUUCAGUGCAAAAUGUGUAACAGGAAUUUUCUAAAAAAAGAAGUCGUUAUGUCUCACGCAUGUGCGAAAAACGGUCCCAAUAAGAUGGCUGGACCAAAAAAUAUUGUUCCGCACGAACCACCUAAAAUUACGUCAGUGAAAUAUAUCAAUACAAAAGAAACUAAAAAACCUGAAGCAGUUAAUAACAAACAAUCAAUCAGUCAAUUUAUCGACCUUGACGAUGAUGAUGAGGAUGACAAACCUUUAGUAGUAAAAAAACCAAAACCUAAAAUAGGUCCUGCUAGUAAAGUUAAGCGUAACGAUAAUAAAUCAUCAGAGUCCUGUGCUUCUGUAUCUAAUAAUCAACCUUUGAGUGAUGUUAAAACAAACACAAGUUCACAGCAGCCUGUAGUACAAUUUCCCACUUUACCCAGUCUUAAUAGCCGAUAUAAGCUUGUUCCUGGCCCUAAUAAUACCUUUACACUUGUUGAAGAAAAAGGAACUGAUAACUUAGCGCCAUCUCCAGAAAAAACAGAAAUUGUUUCAAAUGCCACAGUACCAAGUAAAGACAAACCUAGUACUCGUCAAACUAUAGGGUCUAGAAGGAGUAUUAAAGCUGGAAAAUCUCAAAAUACCACAGUAGAGGAAACACCUUCCACAUCACCCCAAUCAGUAUCAACCCAGCCAUAUCCGGUGGGUUUAUUUAAGACAUUACCAAAUAAUACUGGUGCUGAUGUAUCAAUAACACCAGAGUCUGUCACUUUCACCACACCAGCAAUGAAGAAACAAUCAUACACUGUCGUACAAACUGGCAAUCCUAGUAAAUUACUUAUAUCCUCAAAACCACAAGCAGUUGAGGAAGUGCCAAAAAAGAGACAAAGGAAAACGAGACAGGAGGUAAAAGUAGACGAAUCUAAUAAAGAACCUUUUUCUGUAACAUUAGAAGACACAGCUCCACCAAGAGAUCCCGGGUUCUUCACUUUUAUCAAUGUUGAUCCCUUAUUGCAACCAUCUUAUGUGCUACCAACGAAUAACAUAAUCCAAGAAUCGCAAAUAUCGACAUCUACGAGUGUUUUAAAACAAAACGAGAAAGAUAAGGAUAACAACUACACUUGUAAUAUAUGUAAUGAGAGCUUUACUAGAGAAAAAAAGCUAUUGGCGCACAUACAAUCUCACUACACUAAAAUGGACGAGGAAGAUCAAUUAAGAGCAGAAAAAGUUCCCAGGAAACGAAGAAAAUAGUUAAACUAAGGAAUUAGUUGUAGAAAUAGAAUUUUAUUGGUUUUUUAUAUAAGGACACUUUAAUGUUUAAUUUUAAGCAUUUAAUUUUAUUCAAGUUUUGCAGACUUGGUGUGCUGUGUUAAAAUAUAUGCUUUUUGGUAAUUAUGUACAAUCGAGGAGUUUCGUUUAACAAAAAAAAAAAA